UUUCCUGUCAGCCUGAUGUUUAAUCAGAGAGUGUGGGCUGUGCUUGAGCCGAGAGACAGGCAUAAAGUGCGUACGACACAGACAGGCAGACAGUGCCAAGCGAAGAGACCGAGGAGCCCGACACAGACGAAAGGGGAUGGGGUGCUACCAAAAGAGACAUCUCACCAGGACAAGACAAAUAAAGAGACAGCUUUAGAAAGAUACGGUGAAGAGGAGAUAUAGAGCGAGACAGACCACAGAGACAGCACGAGAGAAUAAACUCUAAGGCGAGAAAAGGUGGGGACGAGGAGCAUGAAAGAGAGCGCCGAGCGUCCGGAGACAGCUCCAGAGAUCACAGUGAAUUAGACACAGCGAGAGCGAGGGAGACGGCUGGAGGCGGAGGGGUCGGUCCCAGCAGCACCGCGUUAGGAUGCCGGGGGCAACAAGCUGCAGUUACCCCCACCUGGUGCUCCUCUGCGCUGGGCUCCUGUCAUUGGUUAACACCGAGGAAUCCCUGUGUCCCAAGCCAGGGGUCUCACGGAACAGCCUGGUGGUCCCUUUACUCUCUAAUGCCUCUCUGAGCUGCCCCGGCUGCGAGGGCUCUGUGUCCUGGAGGAGGGGUAAUAGCACCCUACAGCCUGACGCUCUGAGACUAGUCCGCUACGAGGAUGAGGACAAUUACACCUGCUUCGCGCAUGGGCAGCCGCUCUGCUCCGUGCAACUGCUGGUGACAGAGGACCUGGAGACCCCGGAAUUUCAGUGCUACCGCCGGCACCCCACCCAAGACAUCAUCUGUGAGUGGGCACUGAGGAAGAGGCAUCCCCCGUCCACUCACACCGUACUCAUCAUCCAGCAGGGAUUAAACAACCCCCCCGAGAGGUGGCCCUGUGGGUACACGGACUCCGCCAUGAAGGUGACGUGCCGCGUGAGCCACGGAGAGGAGCUUCUCACCACCAAGCUCUUCCUGUCCAUGUGCGCAACGAGCCGGACCACCAGCGCCGGCAGCAAGUUCCUCAUCACCACCUCCAAGAAGCUGCUGAAGCCGGACCCCCCGCCCAACGUGACCGUGUCCCCCGUGGAAGGCGCCCCCCGAAAGCUGAACGUGUCCUGGGCAUUGCCGAGGCCCUGGGAAUCCGGGUUCUACCUCUUACGCUUUGAGGUGCAGUACCGGCUGGAGAACUCCCACUACUCCUCCAACGUGACGACCUCCCAAACCCACUUUUUGAUCGAGGACGCCAUGGCGGGGAGGAAGCACGGUGUGAAGGUGCGGGCCCAGGAGCAGUUUGGGCGCGAUGUGUGGAGCGUGUGGAGCGAGGAGGCGACGGGCACCCCGUGGACAGGUUCUGUGAUGUCUUUUCCAACACAGGAUCCCAGUCAAUCGGAAAUGACUUUCUACACUUCAUCUGAAGAAUGGACAUCCGAUGAGCUCGAGGAGGAUGCCGAGGACCCUCCGUCUGCCGUCCGGCAGUACACACUCCUUGUGGUCGGAGUCAAUUUGGGAUUAUUUACUCUGCUGUUCCUUGGAAUAAUACUGAGGAUGCAAUGGAAACUAAACGGGGGCAGGUUGAAGGAUCUGUUCCUACCGUUUCUUGAUGGGUCCAGAACCGAUCCGGUGCCCGUUGACUCCCUUCUUAUGAAGGCUUCUGGGUCAACAACCGCAGAUAAAACCAGUCCGUUUGUAGACGCCACCAGUGGAUGAACAAAAACCUUUGCCCAUACGUGGAUCGCGUGCGGAGUACACGUGGGAGAAUUGACUCUCCAGUAUUUUGGACUGGACAGACCCCGUACAAACAUAUGAACUAUGCCUGGACGCUCCUUGUUAAUGGUGCCACACAGCUGGGAACUAUAUUAACGGGCCGGAAAGAGUCCCGUGGUAGCCCUGACCACUUCACAAAUGAUGGCCAGAUCAUGUAAAUCCUGUAACACGGGGUGUAAAGGAUGCUGUUUUUGUUAGAUAUUCAUGAGAACAGCAAAGAAGUCCUUUGUUGAACGCAGGGUGCAUGGCUUUGACAUACAGCAGAGGUGGUAAUGACUAGCGUGGUUUUGUUGGUGAAGACAACAUGGAGAAAGAAAAAUAAGUAAAAAUAUCCAAAGGCG